GCUCCUCCUCUUCCUCCAACCGCCCCAUUGCCGCGUCUUUGACCUCGUCCGCGUUCUCCUCGCGAAUUAAACCCUCGAAACCUAGCGAUCCGAUAGAGAAGAAGGCGAAGAAGAGAAGGGGAAGAGGCGGCGGCGGCGUCGCGCGGCGGACGUGGAAGAGGAAUGGGCCAGUGCCACGGCAAGAACAUCUCCAUCGGCGGGGGCAGAGGACGCCAUCGACGCCGGAAUCCGAGGCACCCUGACGAUGGUGGGGAAGUCGGAGAUGGCAAUACCGCCACCGCCACCAACACCCCUCAGCCCGGGGACAGUGGCCAUGUAACCCCCAUCUACUCGUCCUCCUGCUGGCCCAGCCCAUACACCCAGGGCUCCGCCAGCCCAUUCCCGGCCGGAGUCUCCCCCUCGCCGGCCAGUUCUACCCCGCGGCGAUUCUUCCGCCGCCCCUUCCCGCCACCGUCGCCCGCGAAGCACAUUAAGGCGGCGCUCGCCAAGCGCCUGGACCCGGGGAGGCUCAAGGAGGGGACCACCGCCGAGGACGGUACGGGGAAUGCCGAGAAGCCUACGCUAAAUAAGAACUUCGGGUAUGGAAAGAACUUCGGGUCCAAGUAUGAGCUCGGGAAGGAGGUGGGGCGGGGGCAUUUCGGGAAUACGUGUUUGGCUAAGGCGAAGAAGGGGGACAUCAAGGGCCAAACCGUUGCCGUCAAGAUCGUCUCCAAAGCUAAGAUGACAACACCAAUAUCAAUUGAAGAUGUUAGUAGGGAGGUGAAAAUUCUGAAGGCUUUGUCUGGGCACAAAAAUCUUGUUAAAUUUUAUGAAGCAUGUGAGGAUGCCCAUAAUGUCUACAUAAUCAUGGAAUUUUGUGAAGGUGGAGAAUUAUUAGAUAGAAUCUUAGCCAGAGGUGGAAGGUACACAGAGGAAGAUGCCAAAGCAAUUAUUGUGCAGAUGCUGGGUGUGGUAGCCUUUUGUCAUCUUCAAGGUGUUGUGCAUCGUGAUCUAAAGCCAGAGAAUUUUCUCUUCACCAGUAAAGAUGAAAAUGCUGUUAUGAAGUUAAUUGAUUUUGGUCUUUCUGAUUUUAUCAGACCAGAUGAAAGAUUAAAUGACAUUGUUGGAAGUGCAUACUAUGUUGCACCUGAAGUCCUACAUAAAUCAUACAGUACAGAAGCAGAUAUGUGGAGCAUUGGUGUUAUAGUUUAUAUUCUAUUAUGUGGAAGUAGACCUUUCUGGGCACGAACUGAAUCAGGAAUCUUCCGUUCUGUUUUGAGAGCCGAUCCUAAUUUGGAUGACACCCCUUGGCCUGCUGUAUCCCCAGAAGCUAAAGAUUUUGUGACAAGGCUUUUGAAUAAGGACUACAGGAAAAGAUUGACAGCUGCUCAGGCCUUGACUCACCCUUGGUUGCGAAGCGAACAAACACAAAUUCCUUUAGAUAUGCUUAUAUAUAAGUUAAUCAAAUCAUACCUUCGUGCCACACCUCUAAAGCAGGCUGCACUAAAGGCACUAUCUAAAGCUCUAACUGAGGAUGGGCUCUUCUAUCUACGAUCACAGUUUGAGCUACUAGAACCGAACAAAGAUGGGUUCAUCUCCUUUCAAAACUUUCAGAAGGCACUCAUGGAAAAGACAACUGAAGCCAUGAAGUUGUCCGGGGUUACUGACAUUCUGAAUGUGUUGGAGGCACUAUCAUCCAGAAGCAUGGAUUUCGAUGAGUUUUGUGCUGCUGCUAUCAGCCCUUAUCAGCUUGAGGCUUUGGGACAAUGGGAGCAGAUAGCCACCGCAGCAUUUUCAUACUUCGAAGAGGAGGGAAAUCAGGUUCUCUCAGUCGAAGAGCUUGCGCAGGAAUUGAACAUCACCACAACUUCUCACUCCUUUCUGCAAGACUGGAUUAGACAAGAAGAUGGCAAGCUCAGCUUUCUUGGAUACACCAAAUAUCUACAUGGCGUAACCAUCCGCAGCACAAACGUGAGACAUAACUAA